UUCAUACGUUCUCUGGCUUUACUGCUAAAUUGAUUAUUUUUGUGGUUUCCUUCGUAAUAGUCGGCAUUUGAUCAUAUUUAAACGUUUUUAUAGCACCUAGUAACUAGUCAAUUAAGUAGUUUACAAACUGUAAAACCAUUAAGGAAAAUAUAAUUAUUCCACGCUAAGUGAAGAAACUGUGUUUAAAAAUGUGUACCUAUAUAGUUGUCGACGUCAAAAUAAUGCACGCAGGCAUAGCUAAAUAUUUUUAUUCUCGUUUGUUUUAAAAUGAUAAAAUUCAAGUAAUUUGCAACAUUCCCAGAAAAUACUGUAUGCAAAACAAAUAUAUAUAUAUAUAUAUAUAUAUAUAAAUACAAAAGACUAAAAGCAUUUGGGUUGUGGAUAGAAUUGUUUCAAUAAGUGAAAUACUCUUAUAUUGGAUUGAAAACUUAAGACUCUAACUUAAAGAAAAUGAAGGUGCACUUUCGUGAACAAUAUGGUUCUAAAGGAGAGGAGGUUCUCUAUAUAACACCAGCAGAUCAAAAUAACAUUGUUCGCGUACCUUUGCGCAGCGAUAAAUUGGUAAUACAGGAGAAAUUUUUUCUUUUCCGAAUACUCCAGAAAAUCUUCUUACCGAAAGGCUAUCCAGAUAGCGUCAGCGAAGAUUACGCGUCAUAUCAAGUAUGGGAUACUAUACAAGCAUUUUGCAGCACCAUAUGUGGUACACUUUGCACCCACGCCAUUCUGAAAGGAUUAGGUGUGGGAAAUGAUAACAUAACAGCCUAUUCAGCUACAGUCACUUGGAUUCUUAAGGACGGUAGUGGACACAUAGGUCGUAUCUUAUUCUCUUGGUGGAAGGGUUCGCAGCUGGAUAUCGAUUCAAAAAAAUGGCGCUUAAGAGCAGAUUUUCUGAAUGAUUUAGCCAUGGGAAUUGAAAUAUAUGUGCUUCCAAAGUACCAAUUUUUCAGUACGCACUUAUUGUGUGUCACAACUGUACUAAAAGCUAUUGUGGGUGUUGCAGGUGGUGCAACUCGUGCCGCACUUACGCAGCAUCAUGCAAUUCGGGGCAACUUAGCUGACGUAGCCUCGAAAGACAGUUCGCAAGAGACGUUCGUAAACUUGAUAGCUUCAUUCGUAGGUCUUUAUUUGUUAACGCUUAUUAAAAGUCAAAGCAUAUUGUACACCGUAUUUAUAUUUAUUAUCGUAACUCAUCUUUAUGCAAACUUAAGAGCUGUCAAAGCUGUCUGCUUACGUACAUUCAACGAGUCACGUUAUUUAAUUGCUUUGGAAGAGUACUUCCGUUCUGGGCGAAUGUUAACACCUCAACAGGUUAAUAAAAUGGAGCGCGUUACUAUAGGACAAACAGUUUCUGUGUCGCUAAAUAUUUAUAUAGGCUUAUCAAUCAGAGCUCUCAUCGAUGAAUAUAAAACGACUCACGCGGUUGAAAACAUAAUUUCGUCUUUCGAUCCACACGAACGUUUUAUUAUUGCUGAAAGUAGUAAAAAUAUAGGUGUGUAUUUGCAUUUUGAUGCACGGUCUCAAGAUGUCCUAAAAGCAUAUUUCUUCGCCGUUUCCUAUUUGCAAGAUCGAAAUCAAACCAAAGACAAAUAUUGGGAAAUUCAGUCUAAAUGGCAAGAGUUCGUAACGUUGGCACAAAAAGAGGGUUGGAUUACUACUCAGCAUUUACUGAUGGUGGACGAAUAUCGAUUGGACUGGAAGGCAUAAAAUAAAAUAUAGUCUAUUAAGAUUUAAAAUAAAUUAAUUGAAAAAUACAAAGUUUUAAGUUUUGUAGGUCAAUCAAUUACACGAUCUCAAGCAAAAUCUUCAGUUUACGUGCACUAUACAAAAUCUUGUUUCAGAAUAUAAUAUUAUCAAAAGGAUUUCACUUUUUUUGUAAAAUCCGUGUUAUGCUGAUAUAUUUGAUAUUAGAAUUUAAGAAAGUGAUAUGCACAUAUCUCGUAAAAACCAAAACUAGCACUAUAAAUAAAAAAAGAAAAUAUUUCUACAAGUAUUUUAACACAAUA